AUGGAUCUAGAGGUGGUGGGCCGCCACGCUCUCCUCUUCGACGACGACGCCAUGUCAGCAUUCGUCAACUCCAACGACGCUCUCGUCGAAUGGAAUUCUCUACAGAUUGAUCGUUACGAUGUUCGUCACCUUCUCUCUUCUCCUCCACCUUCCCGACGACGAUCUAACACUUGUUCGUCUUCGUCUAACCUUGUCGAUGGUUCGAUUCAAUCCGAGCUUGAUCAUGAACGUUACCUUGAUCUUCCUUUACCGUCAGAUGAGCCAGAAGUAGAAGAAGGUGAACAGCCGGUGGAUACUGGUGCUUAUCGUGCUGUUGGUUUCUCAUAUGGAAGCACUAAGGAUUCUGCUGAUGGAAAAAGUUCUGAGGUUUGCCAGGAAAGCUCCGACUUUCAUCCCUCCUUUCCAGUGCCGGAAAGCCUUCUUCAGAGCUUGCCACCAACGGAAAAGUUACAUCAGAUAAUUGCAAGGACUGCUCUGUUUGUGAGCAAACAUGGUGGGCAGUCAGAAAUUGUUCUCAGGGUGAAGCAGGGAAACAAUCCAACAUUUGGGUUCUUAAUGCCUGAGCACGGUCUUCAUCCAUACUUUAGGUUUCUUGUUGAUCAUCCCGAACUUUUACAAUCUGACAGUGAUUUGAAUGCUCAAAAUGAAGAAAAAAAGGUUUCUGAUGAGCACAAGGAACAUGAUGGUGUUGGAGGUGCUUUAUCUAUGCUUGGUUCUGUAUAUGGGUUCGGAGAGGAUGAGGAGCCUGCAAAUGGGGAUGAUCCUGGAUCCAGAGUUUCCGAUGCAGCAUUUGAUGCUUUGGAUACCAAUAAUGUUUCCCGUCCGCUUCAAAGGGCUGAAUCUAGCUCUAAGGCAUUUGAAAACGAUGAGAAAGAAAAAGACGAGAAAGUUUCUACACAUUCACUUCGUUCUAGUAAAGAUAAAGAAAAGGCUCCUGCACUGAAAAAGAAUAAUUUGAUUAAUGCUUCCAGGAGCAGAAGUAGAAGUAGCGUUCGGAAGGAAGAUGACUUUCGUUCUUCUGCUGCAUCAGAAAAGACAACGGCGGACAUUUCUGGUCUAGGAGCAGUGUCUAAGACAGGACCUUUGGUGGAGCCUCCAUCUGAUCUAAAGAAAUUGAUUGAUAAGAUUGUGGAGUUCAUUCUGAAGAAUGGGAAGCAGUUUGAGUCAACUCUUAUGGAACAGGACAGUAAACACGGGAGAUUUCCAUUUCUCCUUCCUUCCAACCAAUAUCAUCCUUACUAUCUAAAAGUACUCCAGAAAGCUCAAGAGUCAAAAGUCCAUGGAUCAGAAAAGAGAUCUUUGAAGGAAAGUAAUUCUACCUCUUUAAGAUCUGCGGAGUAUGAUCUGCCAUAUGCAUCUGAUAAGAAAGAGAAGUUUAAGAUGGUGCUGGGAAAAUCCAAAAAGGAAACACAGGACUCUCUGGCUAGAACUUCACCGCAAGAGGCUGGGGUCAAUGUGGACGCUGCUGCUGCGGCUGCUAUCCUUCAGGCAGCCACUAGAGGUAUUAAGAAUCCCAAUUUGAGUAUACUUUCAGGCUCAUCUAAGAACGGUGAUAGUCAGGGUCACAGCAGUGAGGGUCCCAGUAUUGUUGGUCAGAAGUCUGGCAAGAGGAUGGAAAAUAGUGUUUCGAUUCCAAAAGUGAAGGAAAUUGCGAAGUCUGCCGCUGCGGAAGCUGCAGGUGAAGCAGACUCCUCUGAAGCACACUUGACCAAAGAGCAGAAGCUGAAAGCAGAGAGGCUGAGAAGGGCGAAGAUGUUUGUUGCCCUGUUAAAAGGUGGAGCAGCUCCUGCCAAAAGAGAUUCACUUGGAGGGUCAGUGGAACCACAAGGAUCUGCCUUAUCAGGUUCCGUUACAGAGGUUAAUGUUGCUACUAAAGAAAGAGAAGGCAGUGCAACUCUGGCAGAACCGACUGCUGUGGAGAGAGAAGGCAGUACAGCUCCAUUAGAUAAUAAUGUGUCGAAUGAAAAUGAGAAAUCUGAAAUGAAACAUACUGCUGAAGAUCUUGAGCGGCGAUCAAGAAGGAAAUACAGGUCAAGAUCUGGUAUACACGAAGAUGAGGAAGAGGAACAGGAGGAGGAGGAGGAGGAGCAGCAGCGCUCCAGGAAGAAGCGCCGCUCUUCAAGAAAAGAUGAAGAGGAAGAAAGUGGAGAGGUAAGGGAUGAUAAACGAUCCAGAAAAAAGAGGCGAUCACGCCGUCAUAGACACAAAGAUGGUGGCGAUGCAGGCGAGGAUGAAGAUGAUGAACAUAAUAGUCGAUCAAGAAAGAAGCACCGCAGACAACAUUCAUCCCCUGAAUAUGAUGAGGAUGAUGAGCAAAGAGAUGCAGAGAGACAUCAUAAGCAUGGAAGGAAAAAACAUUCAAGUCAUCGGUCGUCACGUGAAAAUAGGGAAGAUGAUUAUGAGGAGGAUCAUAAGCAUUCCAAGAAGAAACAUAGAUCUCGUAGAACCUCCCACCGCAGUAGAGAUAGACAUGAACACAGGAUUAAGGAUUCUAGUGAAGAUGAGUCUGAUAGAUCUCAUAGAACUUCCCAUCGUAGUAAAGAUAGACACAAACACAGGACUAAACAUUCUAGCGAUGAUGAACGUGAACACAAACAUAAGCGUGCAAGCUCUUCUGGUGAUGAAGAGCAGCGCUAUGGCAGGGCUGAUAAGAAUGAAAAUGGUACCAAAGAAAGAGAAGAACUGGAAGAAGGUGAGAUCCUUGCCAAAGUGUCAGAUCAAUCGAGAGGAAGUUUAAGAGGUUCUGUCAGCAGAGAAGUUUCAGUCGACGUAUCUAGUUCCCAACAAAGAGCCCCGUCUCAACCGUCUGAAUCUACUGAGAUAUCAAAUGAUCUUAGGGCCAAAAUCCGCGCAAUGUUAAUGGCAACUAGAACGUAGUUGGGAAACUACUAAUCUCAAUAUAUUACCUUUGAAUCCCUUGUAGUGUAUAAAGGGCUUUGUAAAGUCCUUGUUGAAUCUUGAUUACAAUUCGAUAAUUCUGAUUUUCAUCCUCC